UCGUCUCUCUCGUCUCCGUCCAUCCCCGUCGUUCCUUUGCGUUUGACUCUCAUCCUCUUUCCUUCUCCUUCUUCUUCUCUUCUUCUUCACCUCUCUCUCUCUCUCUCUCUCUCUCUCUACACCUUUCUGUUGUGUUUCUCUCUCCACCACUCCUUCUUAUCAUUUGUGAUCUCUUCGAGUUCCCUUUCUUUCCACAUACACACAACUCUCUCUACCUUAUUUAACCGACAAAUCAAUCAAAGGGAGAGAUACCCUUCACUGCUUUUUUCUCUGGUUCUUCUCCCCGCGUUACUUUAAUCGUUUUUAUUUUCUCUUCUUAUCUAUAUUUUUCCAUUAUUAAUAUUAUGAGGCGGCACAAGGGGUUAGUUAUCGUGAGUGUGAGGAUCAGUGUUUCUUUUUAACUGUGUUUCUGUGGAUUUGGUUUUUCGUUUUUGCUGUGGAUAUAAGAGAGGGAAAAGAGACAUGACUGGCAGUAAUGAAGUCAACCUAAAUGAAUCUAAGAGUGUUGUUCCACUCAAUACCUGGGUGCUUAUCUCCAAUUUCAAGCUGGCCUACAAUCUACUAAGACGAGCUGAUGGAACAUUCAAUCGAGAGUUGGCAGAGUUCCUUGACCGCAAGGUCCCGGCUAAUAUAGUUCCCGUUGAUGGGGUAUUCUCUUUUGAUCAUGUUGAUCGAAACACUGGUCUCUUUAAUAGGGUGUAUCAGUUAGCUUAUGAAACUGAGGCUCGAUGUGGCUUUAUAGAGCUGGAAAAGCCCUUGAGCACCACACAGAUUGUUCCUGUCAUUAUUUUCUUCCACGGUGGAAGCUUCUCUCAUUCGUCUGCUAAUAGUGCUAUCUAUGACACUUUCUGUCGCCGCCUUGUGAACAUCUGUAAAGCUGUGGUGGUUUCUGUAAAUUACAGGCGAUCGCCGGAGCACCGUUAUCCAUGUGCAUAUGAUGAUGGUUGGGCUGCGCUUAAGUGGGUUAAGUCAAGGAAGUGGCUUCAGAGUGGAAAGGAUUCUAAGGUUUAUGUGUACUUGGCUGGGGAUAGUUCUGGUGGUAAUAUUGCUCAUCAUGUGGCUGUGAGGGCUGCUGAGGAAGAUAUUGAGGUGCUAGGUGAUAUUCUUCUUCACCCAUUGUUUGGCGGGGAGAAGCGAACUGAGUCAGAGAAGAAACUGGAUGGGAAAUACUUUGUGAGGCUGCAAGACCGUGACUGGUAUUGGAGAGCUUUUCUUCCUGAAGGGGAGGAUAGAGACCAUCCUGCUUGUAACCCAUUUGGCCCCAAGGGUAAAAAUCUUGCAGGACUCAAGUUCCCCAAAAGUCUUGUUUGCGUGGCUGGUUUGGAUCUUCUCCAAGACUGGCAAUUAGAAUAUGUGGAAGGUCUCAAGAAUUCUGGCCAAGAUGUCAAACUUCUUUACCUCAAGGAGGCCACUAUUGGUUUCUACUUCUUGCCUAAUAAUGAUCAUUUCUAUUGCCUCAUGGAGGAGAUAAAGAACUUCGUUAAUUCUAACUGUUAAUAUACUACUUAACCUUACCUACAGGAGCCCAUACAUAACUAGAAGCCUGACAUUUCACCUGGGUUAUCUUUUUUUUUUUUUUUUUUUCUUUUCCUCUUUUUGUAUCUUAUCUUUUCUCUUUCCCUACUUUAUAGUGGUGUGUAGUUAUAUAAUUGUGUAGUGUUACUCACUGUCAUAACAUCUAUGGUGGUAAAUCUGAGCUUUCUGUAAACGCUGGACUACUGCUUCCUGCUCUCUGCUCAUAUCUUUUGAAGGGUAGCACCAGUUUCAGCAGUUUGAAGUGCCAGAGUUCAGUUCAUUCAUGGGGUUUGGCUGAACCACCGUAUAUGAAGCCUCCCCAUUUAACUUUUUCGACCUCAAUAGCAGGAGGGGAGAUACAAGAUAGGGCUUGGCUGAUCGCUUUGAUUAAGUGAAUGCAUUUAUGUUUUAUCACAUUAUUCAAUGGGAACUAGAGCUGAUCCCAUCCUGUUAUGAAACUUGUAUGUUAUAUAGUUAUAUAAAUGUCUUGUUUGUUUUCUUUUUUGUUGGAUUUUUCUUUGUUAAGAAGCUAAGGUUGUCAUGUGCAUCCUGCUUGAAUUCAAAUUGAGCAGUUUUUUUAAACUUAUCACAAAUUCACAAACGGUUUUGCUUUCUAUUGAGGUUAUCCAAGGAAUGUUAUUGAAAUAAAUUAGAAAGAGUUUAUGUGAGUUUAAGUUAUUUUUAUACUGUCUAUAAGCUCUUUCAACAUGUUUUAAGAAAAUUGUCCCUAAACUUAGGCUGUCUAAUUAUUUUUGCCUUUCCUGGUGGAAGGGCCAUUUUUAUGACCAAAAGAAUAAGGAUGGAAGGACUACGGUAAUGACUGAAUAUGGCUCAAGUUAGCCUGUUGAUGGCAAGUCUCUUCAACCGGAAAGAUGAGAAAAUAAUUAAAACUACCCGUGCUGUGUUUCAAUGCAUCACCAUAUUCACUCUUACUGUCUAGUCCUUCCAUAAAUCUCAAGGUCAUCUUUAGCAUCGGAAUCCUCAGCAACAAUGUAAUAUAGAAGAUAAAAGUGGUAAUAUUGCACAAGUGGUUAAAAAGAUGAAGCAUUUGAAUUAUUCUUUGGUUUUUAUCCCCCACUCUUUGCAUCUCAGAGGUUGAACAUAAGAUUCGCCUCAAAAAGUAGAUACCAAAGUCCAAGAUGGAAAAGAGAAAAGAGUUUUUGCGUCAUGCGUGUGCUUAAUAAUCAUCCGUUACAAAGGAAUAAUGAAACAUGUAAUAGAUUGAACAAGGAGGACCAUCCUCAGUCCAUUGCCUUAUGCCAAACCCCAUCCACCAAAAAGGACAUGAAAAACUUUCACACGAAGAAUGAUUGGCAGGGUUUGAAUGAUGAAUUUCUCCAUCUUUCAACAUCAAUCUGAUUAAUUCUUGUCAUCUCCUCAUUGCUUAUUCUGAUCAGGUCUGUUUGGCGCUUGGGAAAACAGCAAAAAUAGGAAUUUGGCAUUGUUUUCAUGGGGGGAACCCUCUUUUUUACUUGUUGGGAUUUUUGGAUGUAUUCCUAGGCACCACUUUUGGGAACCCACAAAUGUGAAAAGUCCAAUUAAUAAAUUUAACCUGUUGGGAUUGCUUAAUCAUCAAACAAAUAAUAGCUACAUAUUUUUUUUACAAUCUUUACACAAAAAUAAAGAAGAUGUUCAAAAUAAAGUAUCUAUUUAUUAAAAAAACAUUGCUCGCAUUUAUGUUAACGCUGACUAAUUAGUGGUAGGAUUCGGGACCAGCUAAGCUCAGACAAAGACAUGGAACCCUGUCUUUUAUUGACUUUCUUGCAAUGCUUAUCUACCCUUUUAUUUUUUAUUUUUGUUUGGAGUCUCGGCCUCUGUAUAACAAACAGCAAAGGUAUUCAAAUUGGUUUGUAAACUAAUGUUUGAAGUUUGAAGCUUAAUUUUCACCUUUGUAUGCAGAUUAUUCUGCAUUACUUCGUGUCUUAUUAUGAACUGUCCUUAGUAAAUUAGCUGUUUAUGUCUUUGACAAUAUUCCCUAAUACGACAGCGGAGAGAGUCGUUGUCAACAAAUGGGUUUUCUUUAUUGUAGAUUAUGGACAAAACUUCAUUUGUUUGGUCGGUACCUUGCUUUUUAAUGCAUUAUUAUUAUAACUAUCUGACGGGUCAUUGCUUGUGGUAUGCGCGUUCACACAAUUAUGAUGAUUCUUCUAUUCAGGCGUGUCACUAGUGCCCAAUUUUAUAUACAUUCUUGUAGUCUAAAUCAUACUUCUUCUACCCUAUCUGGCUACUUCCCUUUAAGCUUUCAGCUUUCCACUUAAAACCGUUUGCCACAAUGGUUUUGGCAAUGCUUGUUUCUUCUCAUUGGAUCAAUUAAAAGUUUAAGAACACAUCUUUAUGUCAAAGUGUCAAGACACCACCAACAACAGCAUAAUGGGAAAUCCUAUAUAUGUGACUUUGCUAUAACUGUUCCAAAGUGAGUUUCAAUUUUGGUGCUAGCCAUAGGUCAGUUAGCCUUUGAACAGCAACUUGUACCUAUUUGAUCUCCUUAAUACAUUUUCAAACUAUGACCUUGGAAAUGUGAAAUGAAUUUCCUAGCGAUUAUUUAUGAGCUUUGGACGAAUUAAGAAUGGCAAAUCAAAACUACACACUAAUAUGAUAUUCCUUAUAGGCUUUGAAUGAAUAUAGGUCAAUUGGGGCCAAGUCACACCAAACACCCCCACCAGGUAAUAAUCUUAUAAAUUAUAUUCUGCAGGCAUCACUGUGGUUUGACACUUUCAGUAUAGUUUUUUCCCUUCCCUCUUUAAAUAA